AUGAAUAAUAAGUCUGCCAUUUAGUAAUUCAUAUCUAAUCUCAAAGAUCAAGGACCUAUGACUCCUGAUAUGAGUUCUCUCAACUAGAAACUCGUGAGCAAAUUCUAAAAUUAAGAUGACCCAUCUAUCAACGACAAUUCUCACGUGAUACCCAAUGGGAAAUAAAAGAUGAACUCAUUCAGAAAUAACGUACUGCUUCAGAGUGAGCCAAAAAAGAAAAAUAUUGCCAAGCAAAAAUCUAAUAACAAUCUCGCGCAAACUCUUCAGGAAUGCAAGGAUAAUCAGAGUAUUGUUUCUUCGGUCAACUGCUCAGCUAACCAGCAGAGCAACCAAGAGAUUGCUCACAGGAAAAUAGUGAAACUAAAGAAACAAUUGGCACAAUUAGGAAUGAACGAUAACUAAAGCGUCAACACCAACAGCAGCAGUAUGCAGACGACUAACAAACAUCUUUAGUCCUCAUCAUAGUAAAGUAUAAUUACUUACAGACCAGAUAGCAUUUAAUCUAAUCUUAAGGGUUCCAUUAACUAGUACUCAGAGAGUAUCCAGGAAGUAGUAGUAUUUCCCUAGAGCAACCAGUUUUUUUAAAGAAGACUCUAAAAUCCAAAUCAAUCAAACGAUUCUCAAUCAGAGAUUAUCAACAACCAUAACAAUAAUAACAUCAAGGCAAGCAAUAAUUAAUAGCAGCAAACUUCAAGCAAAUCUAAUCCUGCUAAGGGUAAUACCGCUGGAAAAAUAAAGCGUGAUAUGAGUCUUGAUGCCCUUGAUUACAGGAAGCAGGUAUUCGGAGUAGGAAGCUCUGAAAACGCUAAAGAUAACAAAGAAAGAAAAAUCAUGCAUCAUCAACAUAAAGCUGCACUUUUAAUUGGGACUUAAGAUAUUUAUGAUGACAAGAAUAACUUUUUCCACAGUGAAGCACCCAAGAAAGAUCCUAGGGAAGACAUUCAAAGCAGAGAGACUGCGCAUUUCAGGUUGACUUUCUCCUAGAACUAAUGGGAAUAACUAGAGGCGGCAUAGUAAAACAAAAAAAGAAGUGGCUCAAAUCCAAAUAAGCACGUGAAAAAUAACAUAUUUAAUAUCAAUAAUUAAGAGGAAUCCGAAGUAAACGAAAAUACAUCUAAUUGUUCGGGAAAUAAUAAAAAAUAGACGUUUUCUCUAAAAAACAUCAAAUCAUAAAAGUCCUUAACCUCCAAUUACCUUAGUUAAGCAAACUAAUUGUAAAAUUCUGAUAGUAGAUAGAACUCUAGUCGUGGGGAAAACUUACCUCUGAUUAAUCCCAAGCAUUUAACAUUAGAUUAGUAGUAAAACUUUCAUCCUCUUGACUAACUUAAAUCUGCCGUCACCAAAAUCAACAAUAUGAUACCGAGCAUAGUAAAUGAGGGGAAGCAGUUCAAGAAAAAGGCGCACUUUUUAAAGAGAAUUCAAAAAGAUUCUGCUGUUAUAGGCAAUUUAAUCAUUAAAGACUAGGUUUAAUAAUAAACAAGGAAUAAGUAUGUAAGCACCUUGCCAUAGUAAAUGUCAUCAGACUUCAAUUAAGCACCGCAACAAUAAUUGCUGGCAAUAAUAGAUUAAGAUCGAAGGCCAGAGAUGAGUGCCCCAAAUGGCCACAUGAGAAAAGUUAAUUCAUAGCUUGAUUUCUCAUCUGAAUAAUCCAAGAUAGUAGGAAACGUCAUCUUUGCAGAAAAUGUCUUGAAAUCUUACCAAAGUCAGCAUCAAUUAUAGCCAAUUCUCGAAUAAGGAGCAUCCUCAAAACAUCCAUCGAGACUUCCUUCUCUUGAAAAGAAACCAUAUGACACCUAAUAAUAGCUAAGCACAAAUCAAAUCCAAACAUUUUCAAUGAGUGGUUUGAAGAAAAAACUUAGAAAAUUAAAUAUGGAAUAAAUAACAGGAAAUAUCCUUAGUGAAAAGCUUUAUGCCUCAGGAGCAGAAAGUCAAACUACAAGCUCUCACAAUGCCCUUCUUCAGUCAAUGGAGGGCAGUUUACAACAUUCGCCUAGGCGGACAUGCAAUGAGGAGCAUACUAAUAUUCUCAGACUUAGCAGCUCAUCCAUUUUGAGUCAAUAACUCGGACUCAAAUUGAAACAAGCUGCUGCUGUUAGUCCUAAACCAAAUGAAAAGCUGGUUAUGCGAUACUUUCCCAAAGAUUUCUUUAGCUAACAAUAAAUCAAACCAGCUAAAGUUAAAAUUACUCUAAAUCCUUAAUAUCUACCUAGUUAAUGA